CGGCGGUACACAGAGCUAGCUGAUCGAACGAGCGGGAGCCUACGCUUGCUGCGCUUGAGAACAAACAGAGAUUUGAAGUCGAAGGUGAGAUCAAAAAUGUUAUAGAUCGUAGAAGACCCUUUAACAAAUUGAAGAAACUGGUAGAUCUACAUAAUCAUCUCACCAAAGUAGACUGUUUUCCAUGCUUGCAAGCCACAGAAACAAAGUAUGAUUUUCAUCAAGCGACUUGCACUGUUGGAUGUGGGAUCCAAAGUCCUGUCUGUCCUUCUUUUGAUUUUGCAAGCAGCCUUUCUUGACGAUUUCUUCAUUAGAUUUGAUGAGGAAAAUCCUGCAAGAUGGGUGUGGAUAGGUGCAGAUGUUGUGAUUGUUGCAAUCUGGAUAGCUGGUCUGGUCCUAUCCAGUAGAAAUGUUAAUUCAAAGGAGCCAGUCGAGUCCCCAGAGCAAAAAUUAAGCGGUGUGAAAAAAUGGUUAACCAUCUUUGCCGGUGAGGUGAAGUAUGCCUAUUUUUCAUGGGUAUUUUACAGCAUCAUCCUUGUGGCUAAAGUUUGGUACAUGUUUGGUGAAUUUGCAGAGGAUUUCACUAGCACUGGCUAUUAUAACAUGACAAACCUUGUCAAACUCAGAGGGGCUGUUAAACUUCAUGAAAGCGACAUCUAUUCAUCCACUUCAAUCAAGGUGAUCCUCUCCCUGACUGGACCAGUGUUCCUCCUUCUAGCAUAUGCACACCAUGAUGAAGUUCACAAUUCUAAGUACAAGCUACUGAUGGAGAAGCUUGGCACCAUUGCUAGCAUUGAUGUUCUUGACAGUCUCAUGCUUCUUGGGCUACUCUUUGUUGGGGAUACCCAUAUCCUGUUGUCAUACAACAUGGACCAUGCCAUCAAAUUCUUCACCUGCUGCUGUUUUGUGCUUCCCGCGCUUCCCCUCUUUAUCCUACGCAUCGUUGGCGAGCGGAAAGCAGAAGAAAACAACUUCAAAAUUAUCCUUGUUGUCAACUCGGCUCUCUAUCUUUUCCUCGUUAAUUUUCCUUUUUUGUGUAUUCGUUGCUACCUGUGGUUCAAGCAUGAUAUUGAUAUAUCAACGUUCAUUACCAAGAAUGUGAUGAGUCUGUUCAGAGGUGUUUUAGAUGUAUACAAUGAGAUCAGACAGUGGCAGAAAGCCAAGCAAGGUGGUGGAGUCGUAACUGAAGGAACUGAAACUGAAGAGCCUGGUAUUGAAUUAUCAGACAAACCAACCCAUGUCUAGAUGCAAGUCACUAGAAGUAGAAAACUGAGCAUCAUGUAGAUUUUGUUAGAACUACAUGUUAUUAUUUCAACAAAAUUUUCACGGUAACCACCUGGACAUUUUGUUUUGAUUUGAAUUCAUUUUUGUUUUCAUAGGACAUGGUAAUCAUACAUGUAACUGAUCGAUUACAAUGACAUUGGGUGGAUGUCGAUCAUGGCGUUAUUUUGGGGAGUUUAAAGAUACUACAUGUAUGUCGCUUUUGCAGCCAACAUCAAAUUCUGUAGAACUUUGCAGGAAUUAUGAAUAUGUCAUAUACUGUAUGUCCUAUCUGUGAAAUU